AUGCUCGACGACUAUGUUGAGCAUGCUGGGCUGCCCGGUCUCCCACACGCACCAGCAUCCCUGCCGCAGGUGCAGUACGAGGGCUUCGAGCCAAUGCCUUACGAGGAUGAGGCAGUGGUAGAAGGUCUUGGAGCAUCAGUUGAGGCUGCAGCACCUGCUGCGCCGCUCUUCGAACUCGGUCGUGUACAGUACACACUGCCCGCGCCGCUACUGGCCCUUGCGGUUUCGUCCGACGUGCUCACCAUGGGACUCGCCAACAACGUCGUUGUCCAAAUCGAACUCUCGCGCUCCGAGCAGGUCGUCAGGAUCCAGAUUCCUCGCAAGCCGACCGAGUUCUCCGUCUACAAACUCUUCCUGGACCCGUCGGGGAGGCACCUCGUUGUGACCUCCCUUCAAGGAGAGAACUGGUACCUCUACAGAGGAUGGAAGAAACCACGGCAGCUCAAGUCGUGGAAGAUGGUCGUCGAGAGCAUUGCUUGGAACAAGGCUGCGCUGCUUUCCUCCUCCCACUCUACCUCCACGCGUGAGAUGCUCGUUGGCACCAAGAGUGGUGCGGUCUUCGAGGCAGUACUCGACGCUGAGGAAGACUUUUUCAAGUCGCAGGAGAGGUACCUACAGCCGGUUUACAGCCUUCCGGAACGUCAGCCUGUCACUGGUCUCAAGUUUGACUUCUUCCCGCCCUCGGACCCACGGAAGGCCCAUGUCAUUAUCACCACGCCGACGAGAAUAUACCAGUUCGUGGGAGUACCCGACAGGAAAGGCGACGACGGGGGGAGGGUAUUCCUUGGCUUGUUCGCGAGUUACAGGGAUUCGGCACCGACGAUCUCUGAGCUUCCUGGCAGUAUCGACCAUUCGGAACUCCACACGUAUGGCUCCAAUGCGGAUCAAGCACACUCCUUGCCUGAGUACCUCGGAUGGAUGACUCAACCUGGCAUUUAUCAUGGGGCGCUGAACUAUGAGUCCACCUCUGACGAUCUCAUCGACGGUGCUCAAUUACUGCCUUAUCCGAGUGUCAUGGCCUCAGGAAUGCCGCUGUCGAUAGCGUUAACCGAGUUCCAUUUCAUGCUCCUCUACAGGGAUAGGAUUAUCGGCAUCUCGAAUCUCAAUGAACAAUUGACAUACGAAGAAAUGCUGCCCCUGAAACCCAACGAGGAGAUCCGCGGAGUGACUGCAGAUCCUGUGCGGAAGACGUACUGGGUAUACACGGACCAAUCGCUGUUCGAACUCGUGGUCACGAAUGAGCAUCGGGACGUGUGGAAGAUUUACUUGGAGAAGGGCAAGUAUGACUUGGCCCUCCAGUAUACCACAACGGCAGCACAACGAGACCACGUCAUGUCGGCUCAGGCGAAGGCAUUCUUCGAUGAGGGACGAUAUUUCCAGUCUGCACAGUGCUAUUCUCAGUGCUCGGUCAGCUUCGAAGAAGUGACUCUCAAGUUCCUCGAUGUUGGCGAGAAGGAUGCACUUCGCUCAUACAUCACGUCUCGCUUGGAACGUACCAGAAAGACGGACCUGUCCCAAAGGAUGAUGCUCGCGACGUGGCUGGUGGAGUUCUAUCUCAGCAAGUGCAACGAACUCGACGACCUCAUUGCGUCAGAGUCGGUGACCCAUGACGUUGACAACCUGCAAGCCGAACGUGCCAUUUUGGAGGACGACCUACGUCAGUUCUUCCAGACAUACAAGGCGAAUUUGGAUCCCAGGACGGUGUAUGAUAUGAUCCAAGGGCACGGACGGACCGAUAUGUACCUUCACUACGCAAUAGUUGUAGGUGAUUACGAAAGAGUGGUCGAGCAUUGGGUUCUCGAAGAAAAUUGGACUAAAGCCAUCGAUAUCAUCGCCAGACAGGCAAAUCUGGACUUGUACUAUCGCUUCGGCCCUGUUCUCAUUCGCCAUGCGCCAAAGGAGACGGUCGAGUCUUGGUUACGGCAGCCAUCCCUCGAUCCCAUCCGCCUCAUCCCUGCAUUGCUACAACUACAACACACACCCCGCGAUCCCCUCUCCCCAAACCAGGCCAUCCGUUACCUCAACCACGUCAUCUUCGAACAGGGCAACACCGCGCCCACUAUCCAUAACCUCAUCGUCACUUUCCACGCUUCCCCUUCUCCUCAGUCAUCGUCCAGCUCCUCCGGGGCAACCCACCCCGACGACGAUGCACCCCUGCUGCGUUUUCUGUCGUCGGCACCGUCAGACGCUCUCACUGGCAAGCCAUACUACGACCUGGAUUACGCACUACGGCUAUGCAAGCAGGCUGGCCGCACACAGCCUUGUGUGCAUAUCUACUCCAAGAUGGGCCUUUACGAAAGCAGCGUCGACCUUGCGCUCGAGAAGGGCGAUCUGGAGCUGGCGAAGAUCAACGCGGACAUGCCCGAGGAUGACGACCAGCUACGGAAGAAGCUCUGGCUGAAGAUCGCGAAAUACGUGGUUCAGGAUAAGCAAGACAUCAAGAUGGCCAUGCGGUUCCUCGAGAAUACCGAGCUGCUGAAAAUCGAAGACAUUCUGCCCUUCUUCCCCGACUUCGUUGUCAUUGACGACUUCAAGGACGAGAUCUGUACCGCCCUCGAGGACUACUCGGCGCACAUCGACACAUUGAAGGCAGAGAUGGAUGAAGCAACUCGCAACGCUGAAGCCAUCAAGCAGGACAUUGCAGCACUGCAGAAGCGCUUCAUCACCAUCGACUCUACAGAGCAAUGCUCUGUAUGCCAUCAGGCGCUCUUCACAAGACAGUUCUACGUCUUCCCGUGCCGACAUACCUUCCACGCUGACUGUCUCAUUGGUCUUACGAAGGAGUAUCUUCCUGCGCACGCACUACGGCGUAUCGUCAACCUGCAGACGGAACUCAUGAAGUUGACGCAGAAAGGCGCAUUGGACCGGACCAACAGUAUGAACCCCUCAACUGCACCUCGACAACCUACGUCACAGCGAACACUCUUGUCCGCCAACUUCGGCGUUGGUCAGAACGGCACUCGCGGUGCUGCCUCGCUCGGGCGCAAUCUCCUGUCCGCCGGAGAUCGCCUGCGAGACCUGAUCAUUCCGGACGCACUCGCCAGCGUAGUCACUGCGCCUGCUGGCUGGAUACCUGGCAUCGGAACUGGUGCCACGAAGCGCGUCGGUGGCGAGAAGGAUGCGGCCAAGAUCGAGCGAAUGCGCAAGGAGCUGGAAGACGUACUCGCUGCCAGCUGUCCGUUGUGCGAGAGCGUCGUCGCUGGUCUGGACAGGCCGUUCGUACAGCUGGGAGAAGUGGAUUCGAGCUGGACAUUAUGA